CGAUGUACGCUAUUUCUUCUGUUCUAUUUAUGUUUGCUCAAACAGUGUAAAAUUUUUGUCAACACCAUGGAUUCAGCAUUCAAAAGGGACAAGGAUAACAAGAAGACGGUGGUGUCAAAAUUUGAGUUAUUUAAGAAACCCAUCAACACUCAUAAUGUACUGUUUUACUACGUUCCAUUCUACGGAGCAGCGAGUUACAGUGCUUUAUCUGUUAAUGUUUUAAAUCCCGGCUUGGGAGUAAGGAUGUUCCCGAAACGUGAUGUGACAAAUAUAUUGCUGUUGUCUACUUUAAUUGGAACUGGUCUGUAUAUAUAUGACAGGAAGCACAUGAGAGCAGCACCGAAAAUUCCAAAAGUUGGAUACAGUGUAUUUGGAGCUCUAAUGUUCAGUUUUGGCUCUGUUCUGAUGUGGGCAGUAAUGAGGAGCAUUCUGCCAGAGAACAGUAUCAUUGCUACAACCUGUGGCAUAUCGUCAGCACUUGGAUUAGUAAAAGCCGGAACGAAUUAUUUGGAGUUUGUUGACUCACAGGUGAAAAACUGAGUUUUUCUUAUGAAAGUACCCUUUGUAUGUUAUGAAUUUUCGGAGUACAAUUAGAUAAUUUAGCUUCAAUGUAAAGGAGUCACUGAUUUCAUUAUGUGUUAGCAUAUAAUAUUUACUGUUAUGUAAAUUUAAAAGUGCCAAGCAUUUUUCCCAGAUACAAAUUCUUAACUGUAGUCACUUUGAUCAAUGACUGCACCCUUAUUACAGAUGUAUUUCUUAUUAAAGAGGCAUGCUGAUUACACCUCUGAAAGCAACAGGAUAUUUUUCUGUGUAUACUUCCUUCGUGUAUUUUGUUGUGCUUUCCAAUUUUUAAAUAUUGAGGAAUGUUGUUUCUGGCAGUCACCCUCAUACUUUUGUUUGUUGAAACUGGGUUGUAACAACCUUUUUUUUAAAAAAAAUUACAUCCUUGAAUAUGUUAUAUACCCAAGAAGGAUAUCUCCAUUUUGAAAAUGUAUUUUGUAAGUGUACAACCACUAUUAGCCUGAAAUAAAUGAAAUAAAAUGUUUUGAUGUGUA